AUGUUUCGUGACGCUCUGUUCAGCCUUUUACUGGCUUUAUCGUUCUCGGGUGGCUUUCUACAUCCGUCGGAAGAUACGGUGUCAUGUCGCUUAGAGUACGGUGAACCAGUCGAUUGGUUCUAUCUUUAUAAGUUGCCGAAGGAACCCGCUAAAAACGGUUCCACGUCGAAUGGGUUGCGAUACGUGUAUGUCUCUUCGGCCGACGAUUCGAGCGGGAUCCUCCGCUGGAACGACCCACGGUUAACGGUGGAUCACCCUGAGAGCGUGCCGGGAAGUACGAUCAAUCCCGCACUUGCUAACGUAUCGUCGCUUCUGACGAUCCUCUACAAUGAUGAACCCUCGAACGGGCCGACCGAUUUCGAGCGGGGCCACACGAAAGGAGUGCUCAGUACGGAUGGACGCACCGGGUUCUGGCUGAUACACUCGGUGCCAAAGUACCCGCCGGAAAUCGGAACCGGCUACGGGUACCCGCACACUGGCCAACUGUACGGCCAAAGUUUCCUGUGCAUCACGCUCGAUGCGUCCCAGUUGGAAACCGUUGGACAGCAGCUGGUCCACAAUGAAGUGACCGUAUACUCGUCGCGCGUACCGGCCGCGCUGGCCGACCGGUUCCCGUCGCUAUUGAAAGCGGCUCAGAUGCAGCCCGUCGACCGCUCGGGGCCAUUCUACAGCCAGCAGAUGAUACGGUCGCGCGGUGGAGUUGAGUUUGUCACGUUCGCCAAGAGCCGGCAGUUUCAGAAGGAACUGUACGCCGAUUGGAUUGCUCCGGCCCUGGACGUGGGACUGCUGGUGGAGAGCUGGCAGCACGGGGCCGGCAACUUGCCGAGUGACUGUGGCCGCGACCGGCGGCACAGUGUGUUGAAUGUCCGCGAAGUGGUGAUCGGUGCCAGCGAGCGUUUUGCUACGCUCAAGGAUCACUCGAAGUGGGCCGUCGAUAUGACGGCGGCGGCCAGUCGGUGGGUUUGCGUCGGGGACAUUAAUCGUCAGGAGCAUCAGAAAAAGCGCGGUGGUGGAAGUGUGUGCCGGAUGUCGAAGCCAGUGGCCGGAAUGUUCCGGGCGAUGGUCGGAAGUGUUGAACCGUGCCCGAAAGAGCAUGGCGUGUGA